CGGAAUCCAAGGACUGAAACACACGAAGAGACCUGGCACAGAUAUGUGGCUACUGUCUUUCAUUUUACCAAUUUUGAGGCUGUAUUUAGUGGGAGUUAAAGUUCUUCUGUAUCAACUGUUCAACAAGUCAUUUACGUUACCAGGUACUCAGUAAUGAGUGAAGGCACCUAAAAGGAUCAUUGUCAAAGGAACAAAAUGGAGGCCAAAGGUGCUUCCUCAUCUAAUCUCCACCUUGUUGCACAUCCAAGGGCAAAAAGUAAAGUAUGGAGGUAUUUUGGCUUUGACACCGAUGCAGACGGGUGUAUACUACACUGGAGGAGGAUCUACUGUCGCAUAUGUAUGACUCAAAUAGCAUAUUCCGGGAACACCUCCAAUCUCUCGUACCACCUGGAGAAGAACCACCCAGUUGAGUUCUGUGAGUUUGUGAAGAGCAACACGGAGCAGAUGCGUGAGGCGGUCGCAACGGCCUACUCCAAGAUAAAGACUGAACCUAUGCAGCAGCAAUGUCAGGAAGCCAUCCUGAAGCAGAGCCCAGCGUUUGAAAAUAUCAACCGACGGCAUAAUGAUCUGACGUCUGCGAUCAUCAGCUUUGUCUGUGAAGGGAUGUACCCUGUGUCUGUGGUGGAAGAACCCACCUUUCAGGCCCUUUUAAGGACUGCAGAUCCAAGAUACUUGCCCCCUAGCAGAAUCGACAUAGCAAUGAAAGCCCUACCACAGAGGUACAAUCAGAUCCGAGAUGCAGUGCUGGGUGAGGUGGCAGGGGUGGUAAACUGCGGUGUCUCAACUGACCUUUGGCAAAGCCAAACCCAGAACAGGACCUACAUCUCCCUGUCCAUGCACUCUCUGAACCAAAACGGACUAGGUUCUGGUUUCUCCAUGAGUACCAAAUGCCUGAAAACUUUUGAAGUUCCAGAGGACAAUACAGCUGAGAAUAUUACCAGAGCAUUGUACGAAGCAUUUGUCGAAUGGGGGAUAACUCACAAAGUCAACGGUGCCACCACUAACGGUUCAUUGGACAUUGUGAAAGCUUGCUCUCUUCUGGAUCUAUCCGUGCAGAUGCCUUGCCUUGGCCACACUAUAAAUCGAGGGAUGGAUGAGGCCUUUCAGCUGCCCAGAAUUGACUGCUUUUUGGGACGUUGCCGCAAACUUGUUGAUUAUUUCCAACAGUCCGUGAUGGCUAUGUAUUUGCUGCGAGAGAAGCAGAGGCAGCAAGGCCUAGCCCAGUGUGUCCUCAUCAGAGACAGGGUCCGAUCCUGGGUGACCACACUGACUAUGCUCCAGCGCCUGAAAGAGCAGCAGGCCAUAAUCAGUGUGGUACUCAUGGAGGACAGUGACAACCAUCAGCUGAGUUUCAAGGACAGUGAAUGGAACAUGGUUGAGGGCUUGAUUGGAGUUCUGCAACCUUUCAAACUGGUAGCUGACAUGAUAACAGACUGUAGGUAUCCGACCAUUAGUAUGGUGAGGCCUGUCCUUCACAUGCUGCUGAACACAACCCUCAAGGCCAAAGAAGGGGACGCAAAAGAGGUUGGCAUGGCCAAAGAGGUAAUCUCCAAGGUGUUGUCCAGCACCUACCCGCAGACGUCUGAGAUUGCAAUGUUUCUCAACGUUGCCACUUUCCUGGAUCCCCGUUACAAGAGGCUUCCUUUCCUGUCCCCCCACGACCGCUCCCAAGUGGAGAGUAAAGUCAUUGAGGAGGCCAAAGCCAUUCUUGAGAAACAGAGGAAUGAGAAUGUGGUCACAGAUGAAUUGGCUCCUCUUUCUGAUGAGCCACCCAACAAAAAACAGACUCUUGACAAACCCUCUCCUUCAUGUAGCAAUGCAGGCAACCCUUUGGCUGUGAUAUUUUGCCAGUCAGGCAAUGACGAGAACCAAGAAGAGCUACACGCUCAGGUCGUGGAAGAGCUGAGCAACUUCAAAUCCCAGAAGAUCCUGGGUCUCAACGAAGACCCUCUCCAUUGGUGGUCGGACCGUAUGGGCUUAUUUCCUACUCUCCCCAAGGUGCUCCAGAAGUACUGGUGUGUCCCCGCCACUAGUGUCCCCUCCAACAGACUGUUCAGUUCCUCAGGGACUUUCUUCUGUGGUAAGAGGAACCGCCUCACCCCGGCACAUGUAGACCAACAGGUGUUUCUCUAUGAAAACUCACGGCGCUGCAAUGAGGCUGAACCUAUUGAGGAUGACUCAGGGGAAUGGGGCUUGGGACUGGAGCAUGACUCUGGGUCAGGCCAUGGAAUAACUGGGCAGGCCACUGCCCACUACCAAACAGUUACAAUACCCUAAUCCUAAAAGAAAUACUUAACAAAAGAAUAUACAGUGCCUUGCGAAAGUAUUCGGCCCCCUUGAACUUUGCGACCUUUUGCCACAUUUCAGGCUUCAAACAUAAAGAUAUAAAACUAUUUUUUUGUGAAGAAUCAACAACAAGUGGGACACAAUCAUGAAGUGGAACGACAUUUAUUGGAUAUUUCAAACUUUUAACAAAUCAAAAACGGAAAAAUUGUGCGUGCAAAAUUAUUCAGCCCCCUUAAGUUAAUACUUUGUAGCGCCACCUUUUGCUGCGAUUACAGCUGUAAGUCACUUGGGGUAUGUAUGUCUCUAUCAGUUUUGCACAUUGAGAGACUGAAUUUUCCCAUUCCUCCUUGCAAAACAGCUCGAGCUCAGUGAUGUUGGAUGGAGAGCAUUUGUGAACAGCAGUUUUCAGUUCUUUCCACAGAUUCUCGAUUGGAUUCAGGUCUGGACUUUGACUUGGCCAUUCUAACAGCUGGAUAUGGUUAUUUUUGAACCAUUCCAUUGUAGAUUUUGCUUUAUGUUUUGGAUCAUUGUCUUGUUGGAAGACAAAUCUCCGUCCCAGUCUCAGGUCUUUUGCAGACUCCAUCAGGUUUUCUUCCAGAAUGGUCCAGUAUUUGGCUCCAUCCAUCUUCCCAUCAAUUUUAACCAUCUUCCCUGUCCCUGCUGAAGAAAAGCAGGCCCAAACCAUGGUGCUGCCACCACCGUGUUUGACAGUGGGGAUGGUGGGUUCAGGGUGAUGAGCUGUGUUGCUUUUACACCAAACAUAACAUUUUGCAUUGUUGCCAAAAAGUUCAAUUUUGGUUUCAUCUGACCAGAGCACCUUCUUCCACAUGUUUGGUGUCUCCCAGGUGGCUUGUGGCAAACUUUAAAUGACACUUUUUAUGGAUAUCUUUAAGAAAUGGCUUUCUUCUUGCCACUCUUCCAUAAAGGCCAGAUUUGUGCAAUAUACGCCUGAUUGUUGUCCUAUGGACAGAGUCUCCCACCUCAGCUGUAGAUCUCUGCAGUUCAUCCAGAGUGAUCAUGGCCCUCUUGGCUGCAUCUCUGAUCAGUCUUCUCCUUGUAUGAGCUGAAAGUUUAGAGGGACGGCCAGGUCUUGGUAGAUUUGCAGUGGUCUGAUACUCCUUCCAUUUCAAUAUUAUCGCUUGCACAGUGCUCCUUGGGAUGUUUAAAGCUUGGGAAAUCUUUUUGUAUCCAAAUCCGGCUUUAAACUUCUUCACAACAGUAUCUCGGACCUGCCUGGUGUGUUCCUUGUUCUUCAUGAUGCUCUCUGCGCUUUUAACGGACCUCUGAGACUAUCACAGUGCAGGUGCAUUUAUACGGAGACUUGAUUACACACAGGUGGAUUGUAUUUAUCAUCAUUAGUCAUUUAGGUCAACAUUGGAUCAUUCAGAGAUCCUCACUGAACUUCUGGACAGAGUUUGCUGCACUGAAAGUAAAGGGGCUGAAUAAUUUUGCACGCCCAAUUUUUCAGUUUUUGAUUUGUUAAAAAAGUUUGAAAUAUCCAAUAAAUGUCGUUCCACUUCAUGAUUGUGUCCCACUUGUUGUUGAUGCUUCACAAAAAAAUACAGUUUUAUAUCUUUAUGUUUGAAGCCUGAAAUGUGGCAAAGGGUCGCAAAGUUCAAGGUGGCCGAAUAAUUUUGCGAGGCGCUGUAUACUGAGGGCAUUUAGUUGUUUACUAGUAAAAAAGGAUUUAUGUGAGUGUAACAUCUGAUCAAUUUUCUAUUUCUGAUCAUGCUGUGAUUUUAUUUGAUUAACUAUUUGAUGUAGGGCUAAAUGGCUUUUAUUGUCCCAAUGUUCAAGUCAUGUCUGAUUCAUUGUUUGCUUUGCACUUUGAAGUCCUUGGACUGUUUAAGAUGUCUUUACAGUACGUUUGAGAUUAGCUUUGAUGUGCCAAGCUUUGUUAUCUGUACUGAACUCUCAGAAGAACAUAAAGUAUAUCCUAUAUAACUUGAA